UUUAUUAAAUACAUUGAAGAGAAAAAGAAAACAUAGCACCUGCUUAAAGGACAGAUCAGAUAAAAGUCAUGGAAUUCUGCUAUUCUGAAAAAUGAGGUGCCACAAUUUGCAGAUCCAUCCAUAUGAAGUAGCAAGUGAUCCAAAAGUAUAUGACUGGCACAUGGCGCAGCAGGGAAUCCAGAUCUCCCAGGGCUGAGGUGUUCACGCCAUUAUUGCAAAUGCUUCAGAGGAAUCUUAAAUCCAAGAAUGAAAGAGGACGGCCAGUCUCUCAUGUUCACAGUGACUCAUGUUCUCGUCUGUUGCUCACAUGCAGAACUUGCAGAACCCUGGAACUGGGACUGAAUGAGAGUCGAACCUGAGUUAGCCGCUGUGGAGCAAAUAUGUGAACCGGAAUGGCUAACGCUGUCCUUCACCGGUAGUACCACUUCGCCAUAUGGACCGGACACAAGCAUUGCGAUCGACGACCACUUAGGACUUCACACCAGGAAAUGAGGCUUCACGAGAGAGAGAGAGUAGGCAACCAACGCGAGAACUCUCAUCUGAAGGUCCAAGACGAGGAAAGAAAACUUUGAAAGCCAAGCAUACGCAAAAAGAUAACAAUUCUCUUUCUUUCAAUUAUCUCCCUAACUCUUUAAGUUUACGUCGUGAAUUAUCACCAGAAUCUAAAAGUAUAGGUGCAUUAUUUUAUCUAAAAAGUAAUAAAUAUUUUCCAUAGUCACUGGGUCGGACACGUAGCAUGCGUAUUAUUAGCAGCCAGCAAAGUCAACAUUUCGCUGCAUGCUAUCAUUUAUUUUAUUUAUUGUUGUUACUGCUCUCCGCCUUUCUUUAUUUAUUUCUUUUUCCUUCCCGGUUCAGACUAUUCUCAUGCCUGCACUGCAGUUCAUCUUCCCCAAACCUCGUCUCCCCUUCAGUCUCUCGUAGUGGCGAUCGGAUCUUUAGUAAAGAUUCGAUCUUGGCGCGUUUUCGCGACGCGGAGCGGAUUCUUUUUAGAAAAAGUUGAAACUUUUGUCAGUGCGGUGAGGCCACAAUCGAAUCUUGGGAGCGGCGAGAGAUUUGAUGUUGAGAAUUUAGCGGGGCGGGCUGCGGUAGUUGGGGUUUUAUGGAUAGAUUUUGCUGCUUCAGAGGUUCCUCCUCUCAGUUUGCAGGUUCCUCAUCUGAUGCCGGUAAAGGGAGAAGUUCUCAAGGUCGCACAAAAGUUACUUAUGGAUUUAACCUUGUAAAAGGGAAAACCAAUCAUCCAAUGGAGGAUUAUCAUGUUGCCAAGUUCAUUAAUAUGAGAGGACAGGAGCUCGGUUUAUUUGCUAUAUUUGAUGGUCAUUUGGGAAAUAUUGUGCCUGCCUAUUUACAGAAGCAUCUAUUUACUAAUAUUUUAAAAGAGGAACAAUUUUGGACCAAUCCGGAUGUGGCCAUUGCAAAUGCCUAUGAAAAAACAGACAAGGCAAUUCUUUCACACAGUCCUGAUCUUGGGCGAGGUGGUUCAACUGCGGUUACUGCAAUUCUCAUUAAUGGCAGGAAAUUGUGGGUUGCUAAUAUUGGUGACUCACGAGCAGUUCUUGCAAAAGGUCAACAGGUAUUACAAUUGACAAUUGAUCACGAUCCCAGUACUGAACGAGGAAGUAUCGAGAAUAAAGGUGGCUUUGUCUCAAACAUGCCAGGAGAUGUCCCAAGAGUUAAUGGCCAGUUAGCUGUUUCCCGUGCCUUUGGGGACAAGAGUCUUAAAUCACAUUUGCGGUCAGAUCCUGAUAUACGUUGUGAAAAUGUUACUGGGGAGACCGAGCUACUCAUCCUUGCUAGUGAUGGUAUAUGGAAGGUUAUGAGCAAUGAAGAGGCAGUUAAUAUUGCUAGAAGGUUUAAAGAUCCACAAGCAGCAGCAAGGCAGCUGACCGCUGAGGCACUGAACAGAGACAGCAAAGAUGACAUAUCUUGUAUUGUUGUGCGACUAAGAGCAUAAAGAAUGCUUACUCCUUCAGUUGACAGUGAUCAGAAAUUUGGAUCAUUGAAGAGGUCAUUAAUUUAGUUUCAUAAGGGCAUCCUCAAGUUGAAAGCACCAAGAAUUUCGGCCUUCCGCUACAAAACAUGAGACAGGUGCCACUCUUGCCAUUCGAUAUCCGCUGUAAAUGCCUUUGCAAUUGUGGUGAGUGUGAUACUAUAUGAUUUCGUGUGGUAAUCAGAAGAAUCCCUCUUCUUAAGUAGCAUGGCAACUCAGCAGGUCCUCUUUGAAAGAUCACCAUCAGUUAAUUAUGAUUGGUGGGAUUGCUUAUCUUUUAUUUUGCUUUUUUUUUUUCUUUUUUUCUUGUCUGCUUUUACAAUGAGAAGCAGAUGGUGUUUUAGCUUGCUUGCAGUAUUCCUGAUAAUAAUCCAAGUGUUGUUGUAAUUGAUUGGCAUAUUUCUUAUUCUUAAUCUAGUGCCUAUGGAUUUAUGCA